CCCUACCUUGCUUCUUGCGUUCAUCUUACGGCGAGGCAGCAGUACACUGAUCACUCGCACCUUGGUUGUCGCAACCGAGCUGGACUUUGAAUUUGAGCGGCCCGACUGAAUCGAGCGCGAGCGCGCGCGCAGGCUGGCCGCCGAUCAACCGCCCACCAUCCUUCGCCUCCAACUCCCAUCCCACUUUGCCACCCCCAUGACAGCUUGCAAUAUCAGUCCCGAUGAGCAGUUUUGGGUAAACAACUAUGCGUUCUUGGAGCGUCGUGGUUAUCGCCUGAGAUGCAGAUAUAAUCCGGCACACACACUCGCCCGACAGCAAGGCAAGAAACCCUGGUGGUUGCCUCACCAAUUCUUUAGACCUGAAGAUGAACUGGAGAACAGGUCACCUUGUGUACUGGAUGCAGUCAGGAUGAGCGACGGCAGGCGGGUCGUUAUCCGCAAAACCGAAACAUGGAAGGACGAGGUGCCUAUCUACCAGCGACUGGCAAGGCUUCCUAAAGACGAUCGAAACCGACUUGCUCCGCUCCUAGACAUGAUACUCCUGCCCGACACCGACAGCGCCGCAUUUUUGGUUCUACCCUUCCUUCGCGAGUACUAUGACCCCCCGUUUUCCAGAGUUGAUCAAGUCGUGCGGUGUGUAUCGCAGUUCCUUGAGGUGAGUGGGCAUGGCUCGUCAAUCCAACACAUUGUACCUACGCUUCCUGCUCAGGCACUACGGUAUCUUCACGAACACGAUAUCGCACAUCGAGAUUUCUGCGCCUACAACCUGAUGAUGGACGCGUCUCAACUACUUCCUGGCGGACAUCAUUUUGCAGCUCCGUACAAAGCACCAGACGGUCGAUCCGCUCUUGCCUUCCGCGAUCGUGCCUAUGUUAGCCCCGUACAGUACUUUGUCAUUGAUUUGGGGCUGGCUGCACAGUUGCAGACCAAUGAAGACCUGGUUACUGGCGUGUAUGGACAGGACAAGUCCGUCCCGGAGCUCUCUUGGGAUGUUCCAUACAACCCGUUCAAGGUCGACAUUUAUCAACUCGGCAACGUGAUACUGCACAACAUGCUUGGGAUUUAUAGCGGCCUGGAAUUUCUGCGUCCUCUUGCGGAGAGCAUGACCCAACGCGAUCCGCAAGCUCGGCCUACUAGCUCAGAGGCCCUCCAAAUGCUCGAACAGACUUUUAAGAGCUUACCCUCUUCUUUCCUCAACCAGUCGAUACAGGUUGUGAACCCUUUCGGCGGUCAGAUCAGGUUUUCGAUCAAGCAAGCGACUCUCAGGGAUGUUGUUGAAACCAGUAAACUACAUUGUAUAACAUGAUGCUUGUAGACAUGAUUGUUAGCGUCCUGUCGAAAUAUCAAGCUAGAGCACGG